AUGUGUUCAACUUCGUCAAUGUCUUCUUCUUCUCCAAAAACCUGUCAAAAAAUACCUACAAAAAUUUCAUCAAAAAUUAAUUUUAAUAAUGAAAAUAAUGAAAAUAAAAUUAGUAUUUCUUCUCCCGUCUCAGAUUCAUCUUCUCCCUCAACAAUAGAUGGACUUAAUACUUUAUUUGAUAAUUAUUCCUUAAUUCCAAGAGAACAAUUAAUUGUUAAAGAACAAUUGGGGAUUGGAACCUAUGGUGCAGUCUUUAAAGGUCUUUGGGAACGUCCAGAUGGGCGUACUUUAUCUGUUGCAAUGAAAAAAGUAUUUAUGCUUGAAAAAGAAGUAGAAAUACUUUCACAAAUUAGACAUAGAAAUAUUAUUCAACUUUAUGGCGUUAGUCAAGCAAAUCCAGAUUUUUAUAUUGUUACAGAAUAUGCUGAAAUGGGCAGUUUAUAUGAACAUUUGCACAACACAAACGAACAUUUAAGUGUUGAGAGAAGAAUUAAAUGGGCAAAACAGAUAGCACGUGGAGUAGCUUAUUUACAUUAUGAUGCCCCAAUAACGGUUAUUCAUCGUGAUUUAAAAUCAAAAAAUGUGGUUAUUGGCUGUUUGGGAAAUAAAAAUUCUCCUCAAUGUAAAAUUUGUGAUUUUGGAACGUCAAAAGAUUUAACAAGUUCGUGGACAGCGCCGAGUUGGGGUGGAACAGCUGCUUGGAUGUCCCCAGAAAUUAUAUCACAAAGAGAGGGAAUUACUACAGCAACAGAUGUUUGGUCUUUUGCUGUUGUUUUGUGGGAACUUUUUUCUAGACAAGUUCCAUAUAAUGGAUUGACUGAAUUUAAAAUUUAUUCAAUAAUUUCUCAACACGGUGUUAGACUUUGUAUUCCUGAUACUUGUCCAGAACCUUUAGCUGAUUUACUUGAAAGAUGUUGGAGACAAUCAUCCAAAGAUAGACCUGAAAUGCGUUAUGUUCUUGGUGUCUUGGAAAGAUUAAGUCAAGAUAAAGAUUUACGUGCAGAAUGUGCUCAAUUAAUAGAUCAAGGAAAUGGAGAAUGGAAUGAAAGAAUACAAGAACAAUUAAAUGAAUUGGAUAAAUUAAAGUUAGAUUUAGCUAGGCAAAUGGAGGAUUUGAAAAGAAGAGAACAGGCAUUACGUAAAAGGGAAAAUAGCCAUCGAAAUUUUUUACAUAUGAAUGUAGAAAAUGUUUGUGAAUGGAAUGAAGAUUGUGUAUGUGAAUGGGUACAGAAUAUUGCUGCAGCAGCUUCUUCCGAUUUUCCGGAAUCUACUGUUGAUAAAAUAAUUUCAUCUGUUCUCCAAUAUGGAAUUAAUGGACCUAGAUUGAUGGAAAUAACUGAAAAAGAUUUGGAAAGUCUUGGCAUUGAACCCGUAGCCGUUAGACGUUAUAUUAUAUUAAAAUUAGAUGAAUUAAGAGCAAUGAAUGUUCAAUUAUGUAAUUAUCCUUGUUCAAUAGAAUCCCCACAAUUAAAUUUAAAUAAUUCUGAACAAAACAAGAAUUGUUGUCAAUGUAGUCCACAAACUUCAUCAAAAAAUAUUGAAUGGAAAAAUAAAAAUGAAGAAAUUGAAUGUUCUAUACUUUUACAUGUUGGUAUGUAUAGUAGAACAUUAGAAAUGACAAAAACAAAUAAAAACAAUACAAUUAUUGGGAAAGGAAAUAAUAAUGAUAUUUAUAGAUUUAAGAUUUUUUUGGAUAGUGAUUGGGAAAUACAGCCACCUACAACAACAAAUAAUUUAUUAAAUAAUCAAGAAUCAGCUACAUUUAUUAAAGAAGUUAAAAUUUUAAUGUAUUCUGCUGACCGUUCGAUAUUUCUUGGUCCAAUUCAAUGUAUUUGCCCGCCUUUUGGUUAUUUAGAAUGGGCACAAAUUAGCCGUGAUCAACAAUAUAAAAAAUUGCCGUUAACACUUACUUUGACUGUUAGCUAUACAGACCAAGUUAUCAGACCUAAAAACACACAAAUCCAAAUUCGUCUGUCAGAUUUAAGUGGAGGACCACGUACUUUAUGUUCAAAAAAAGUUAAAUUAUUUUUAUUACCCCAACAAACAAAUACUUCUUUAUAUAGAAUAAGUUAUUCUUUAUUAAAGAAAAAUAAAGAAAAAUUUAGAAGAAAUUCUGUUGAAGGUUUUGAAGGAAUUAAUAAUAAAGAAGAUGAUGAAUCUAGCAGUAUUUCUCCAAUAAGAAGAAGAAGAAUAAAAAAUAAUAAUAAUUGUUUUAGUACUUCAAGUUUAUUAUUAAAUCAUUCACCAAUCUGGGCAGAUUUAUCAGCAAAUAUAAGAAAUUCAAAUAAUUCUUUAACAUUCCCUAAUUUAUUUAAAAAACCAACGGAACAACAAAUAAAUAACCGUUCUAUAUCUAAUGAUGAAAAUAAAAAUAUUAAUUAUUGUUGUUGUUAUAAAGAAAAGACAUCAGCAAUAAAGAUUAAUAAUGAUGUUAAAAUAAAUAGUGGUGAAAGAGGAAAAGAAUUAUUAAUUAAUUUAAGAAAUAGAUGUUUAUCUGAGACAGAUACAAUUAAUUGUGAUAAUCAACAACAACAACAACAAAACCCACAAAUAUCUAAAAUUCUAAUUAAUAAAAAUCCAAAUUUUUUUAUAUCAACACCUCCAUUAAUACAAUCUGGACUUUCAAUAAAUUCAUCUUCUUCUUCCUCCUCUUCCUCAUCUUUUUCUAAUCAACCAAAUUCUCCAGAUGUUUCACCAUUGCCGACAGAUUUGUAUUUAAAUUAA